AUGGACCAGCUACGCCGCCUCGCCCCAGCUUCUCUGCCCGCAGCUCGCGCUCGCCUGCGCGAGCAGCGGACCGCCCUCACGACCGGCGUCAUGUUCGGCGCGCUCUUGUGGUGGGGGGUGCGCGACUACCGCGAGUUCCUGGCGCUGGGGCCGGGCGGGGUGCCGUACAACGUGCUGGGCUGGGCGGCCAUCACGCUGCUGAUCCGGCCCUUCGCGCUCAGCAAGGCCGCCGCCACGCGCACGGCCGACUACCCGCCCGCCGCGGGCGCGCACGCCGACGUGGCUGCGCUGCCGCCCCGGGAGGGGCCGCGUGCGCGCGUCGGCGGCAUCGCGCCGCACCGCCAGCUGUCGCAGCAUCCGCCCGAGUCGAUGCGGGAGUCCAUCCACAAUCUCUUCGCGAACGCGGCGGCACAGAACCCGGGCCUGCUCGAGACGAAGAAGUCGCUGUACGAGCGGCACAACGACGCGCUGUUCGUGUCGGACCAGCUCCUGGGGAACGCCGAGGCGGUCGGCCUGCCGCAUACGGCUACCGCGUCUCGCGGCGAGAUCGGGCACCCGCACCCGGACCUGUCCAUUCACCUCUACGUCUCACCAGCGGACGCGCGAGUGCUGAUUGAGAAGGGCUGGGCCGAACGCCACCGCAUGUCCGUGCCGGCCAACUCCUGGUCCAAAGCUAUUCCCAUAUUCCGCAGGAUCGGCGACACCUUUUUGAUGGUUUACGGCCCGAGGAACGAGGAAGAGAUGGUGGUGCUGCAAACCAUCCUGCAGAAUAGUAUUCGAUUCAUGACGGGGAGGGAGGACUGCCAGUUGCCCGAAUGGAAGACCCGUGUAAACGGAUAA